AGGCAGAGGUUCGAGCUCCUUGGGACAGUUGAAAGUUACUGGAGUCCUCUGGUAUUAAUCUAACUAUUCCGCUAACUCCUGCUUAGUAUAAAAUAUGGAAAAAUAAAAAUAAAAAUUAGGCCACUGAUUCUAAGAUUCAAUACUCUUCGACGUCUACUUGCGAGGAGCCCGAUUAAAAACCUAACCAACUAUGGACUGAGGACAAGCAGCUUCCUAGCCCUCCUCUCUCUAGUUUUGGUCCGAGCACAAGCAUCCGCCGCCAUGAACAUCUCAUCGCUGAGGCUCGAAUCAAGCCCACUCGCAGCACCACAGAGGAGCUUCUACGGCGGAACCCUAAGAACAACCUGCGGAAACAGUGGCACCACUUGUGCUGGGCCCCACUCCCUUCCCCUUCACAAUCGCAAGUUCCCGGCGUCCGCUUUGAAUUCCGUCGCUUCUUCUGCUGCUUCGUCGCCGGCCGUGGCCGCCGAGCCGGCAAGCGAGGCGCUGAGUCGAAUCGGGUCGCUGAGUCAGGUUUCGGGCGUGCUGGGUAGUCAGUGGGGCGACGAAGGCAAAGGGAAAUUAGUCGAUAUCUUGGCCAAGCACUUCGAUAUCGUCGCUCGCUGUCAGGGUGGAGCUAAUGCUGGGCACACUAUUUACAAUGCAGAGGGCAAGAAGUUUGCCCUUCAUCUUGUUCCUUCUGGUAUUCUCAAUGAGGAAACUCUGUGUGUGAUUGGUAAUGGGGUCGUGGUGCAUUUACCAGGGUUGUUUGAUGAAAUUGAUGGCCUUGAGUCUAAUGGGAUCUCCUGCAAAGGAAGAAUACUGGUAUCUGAUCGGGCUCACUUGUUAUUUGAUUUUCACCAAGUCGUAGAUGGGUUUAGGGAGGCAGAGCUAGCAAAUUCCUUUAUUGGCACCACCAAGAGAGGCAUUGGACCGUGUUAUUCUAGCAAAGUGAUCCGAAAUGGCAUUAGGGUAUGUGACCUUAGGCAUAUGGACACUUUCCGUCAGAAGCUUGAUGUCUUGUUGUCAGAUGCAGCUUCAAGAUUCAAAGAUUUCAAGGUUAGCCCAUUGAUGCUCAGAGAAGAAAUUGAAAAAUACAAGAGAUUUGCUGAGAGGUUGGAGCCCUUUAUUGCCGAUACUGUGCAUGUGAUGAAUGAAUCAAUUUCUCAAAAGAAAAAGAUAUUAGUGGAAGGUGGUCAGGCAACCAUGUUGGACAUUGACUUUGGAACGUACCCCUUUGUAACUUCCUCUAGCCCUUCAGCAGGUGGAAUCUGCACUGGUCUUGGCAUUGCCCCUAGAGUUGUUGGUGAUCUAAUUGGAGUGGUUAAAGCAUACACUACAAGAGUUGGUUCGGGUCCUUUCCCUACAGAAAACUUGGGUAAAGGAGGUGAUCUUCUUAGGUUUGCUGGGCAGGAGUUUGGUACGACUACUGGGCGUCCACGUCGCUGUGGCUGGCUUGAUGUAGUUGCUCUAAAGUACUGCUCUCAGAUUAAUGGCUUCUCUUCUCUAAAUCUCACAAAACUUGAUGUUUUAUCGGAGUUUGAUGAAAUUCAAUUGGGUGUAGCCUAUAAGUGCCUUGAUGGUACACCAAUUGAUUCAUUCCCUGCUGAUCUUCGUGUUCUUGAGCAAUUGAAGGUGGAAUACGAAGUUUUGCCGGGGUGGCAGAGUGAUAUCUCUUCGAUCCGAAAGUACUCAGAUCUUCCAAAAGCCGCACAGAGAUACGUGGAAAGGAUAGAAGAACUUGUUGGAGUUCCAAUCCAUUACAUUGGCAUAGGGCCUGGCCGCGAUGCUCUUAUAUUCAAAUGAUAGUAUUGAUUUCUCCCUCUGGAUUUCCUGUGGGGUUUCGUUCUUCUCAAUGGUAAGACGAGGAUUCUAAUGCCUGGGAAAAUGCAUCCUCUGUGUUCGGGAUUAGUCUUUGGAUAAACAAGUGACUUUUAGUUAGUUGACAUGCAUUGUCAUAGCAACUAUUGCUCCCCAUCUGGGAUACUUGGAUUCAUAGGUGUGUUGUGAUUUCCCAUAGCUGUGAUGGGCUAUUUAUAAGCAAUUUUGGUUGGAUGUUGUGGCUUACAAAGGCGCUGCGCCCUUAGUGUUGUUCUUGGAUCCUUUUUGAAGGGAUUUUUUGAGGGAAAAAACAGAUCUUUGUCAA